UACAGGCCUUGUUGGAGAUUGGAACGUUUCGGUUUGUAUUGUUUUUCAACUAUUUUUUUUUUUCUCCCUUCUAAACGUACAGCCUACAGACGAUUGGCAUCGAAAGAACAGUCGAGAAUCGCAGUGCUUCCUACCUGGUGCCCGUUCCUAAAAGCACCCGCAGCUAUCUCGGCAACUGACGGCGCGGCACACGCACAGCGAGUUGAACCUUCGCAGUACGACUCGAAAUCUCCAGAGGUGAUACGAGUGAGACAUCUAAACUCGUCUUCUGUCGCCCGAUUCAUUAGAGCAGUAUCUCGGGCUAUCGGGAGUCUCAUCCCAACGCCAGGCUGGAAACAACGGGGGCCGCAGGACUGUUUCUACGGGGUGCCAUCCAGAAAUCACGGCGUUCUGUUUCGGCGAUCGGGGAGGAGGUCGCGAUGAUACCUCUGGAAUAGGAGCACUGCCUGCACUGCGAGCCCGGUUUGCGUCGCCGCGGGAGCAAUGUACGACUCUCCCGUGUCCCUCCAAGAGUGCUGUGUGGACUUCAUCUGCGAGAACAUCGACGCGAUCUGCGAGGUUCAGGCGAGCCCCGAUGACCAGACGCUUCGGUACUCUUUCAAGGAUCCAGAUGUCUUCUUCCACAAGGAGGUGUCCCAGCAGGUGCUGGAGACACUCAGCUCACGCGGUCUUCUCAAUGACAGCAUCCUGACGCUCUUCGACUCCAGGAGCACCCGGCUACAGAGGGUCCGCAUAAAAAAUGCCACCAACGUCACCACCAAGGGUCUGCGGGUCCUACGCUCGCACAAGCUGACCGAGCUGGAGGCCACGGGCCUGAGCCAGGUGGCAGUCAACGACCUGAUCGGCUGCCUGGGCGACUGGACGCUGAGCAACCUCCGGCUGCUCAACGUCGCCCGCACCGCCUUUACCAGCUCCAAGUUCUGCGUGGUGGUGGCGCUCUCCAAGCUGCGGAGCCUCACGACGCUCAACGUCAGCAACACGGAAUUCAACCGCCACGGGCUGGACAUUGUGGCGACAGACCUGCCCCUGCUGGAGGUCCUCGACAUCUCGGCCACCCGCAUCAAGGACAUCUCUCCUCUGGUCCGCUGCCGCGACCGCCUCAAGUCUCUCAGCAUGUACAACCUGAAAAGCCUGAGCUGCGAAGAAGUAGUGCCAGUGCUGUGCCAGCUACAGAACCUCCACCACUUGGACGUAUCGGACGAUCACGAUCAUCCACUGGACCUGCUGCAUCCGCUGCGGCACGACGUUUCCUGGCUGCUCAAGGAUCCGGACCGCUUCCCCCACCUUGUCUCACUCGACCUCUCGGGGAAAGAUGGCGUCACCGUCUGCGCACUCAGGAGCUUUCUGGAGGCCCACCCCAAAAUGAGCUUCUUGGGCCUCGUGCAGACGGACGCCUGCUUCGACGACUACUUCACGCGAGAGCUGCCGAGAAGCUCUGACCUUGUGAUCACGGGCUGUGCCGACGAGCGACAGAUAAUGGAGGCGCUGAAGAGGUACCCCGACAGGCCGUACUACGUCCAGAAGUCCCUGUACUACCUCUACCAGUACACCCAGGCCUACUCGGAGCCCCGCGUAGACAUCAUACAGCUGAUUUUGCCGGGGAUGCUGGAGCAUCCGACCGUGCUUGGGAUCCAGAUGGCAGCCACGGCCUGCCUCUACAACCUCUCUAAGAGUACCAUGGGCCAGAAGAUUCACCCCCGCUGGCUGCGCCAAAUCGUGAUGCUCACCCUCACCGCCAUGGAGAACUUUCCCCGGCAUCAGCAGCUUCAAAAGAACACUCUCCUCACGCUGUGCAGUGAUCGGAUUCUCCAGGACGUGACGUUUGACCGGUACCACUGCGCUCGGCUGGUGAUGGAUUCGCUAGUGGCUUUCGAUGACCCCUCCAUGAACCGGAUGUCGGUUGCCAUCUGCUCUAUACUCGCUGCCAAGAUCUCGACCUCGGAGACAUCGUCCCUGGGAGCCAAGCCACUGUACAUGGAACGCCUGCUGAGAAUCGUCAAGAGCAAGUUGUUUGCCGGCGAGGUGGACAUCAUGAUGAAGUUCACACUCAGUGCCCUCUGGAACCUGACGGACGAAUCCCCCAAGACGUGCUCAGUCUUCCUUUCCAUGGGCGGCAUGGAUCUCUUCCUCAAUGUUCUCGAGCUCUUCCUUGGCGAGAGUGCGGUGGAAACCAAAGUCCUGGGGCUUGUUAACAACAUAGCCGAGGUGCCCCAUCUACGCAGCGACCUCAUGAAGGACAACUUCCUGGGAAUCCUGAGGAACCUGCUGCAUUCGAGUCAGAUCGACGUAAGCUACUUUGCGGCGGGCAUCGUGGCGCAUCUCGCGAGCGACGGGCAGGAACGGUGGACCGCCACCUGCGUUUCGUUGAAGGAGAUGCUCCGCGAACUGGGAGAAGUCGUGCAGGGUUGGAAGAGUCCCGACACCGAGAUGGUGGCCUACAGGUCCUUCAACCCUUUUUUCCCGCUUCUGCACUGCUACACCGCAUACGAAGUCCAGCUGUGGGCGGUCUGGGCCAUGCACCACGUCUGCUCCAAAAACCCCAAGCGCUACUGCACGAUGCUGGUGGAAGAAAAAGGCAUGGACGUCCUCCAAAGCCUGCUGGACUCACCCGCCACGCACGAAGCGGUGGCCACCGUCUGCCGAAACAUUGUUGCCGUCGUCGAGACGCAGCGUAACUCCGCUACGACGACCGUCGCAAGCGCCACAUCGCUUUCCGACGCCGCUGCACCCACGACCAUCCUCCAAUGACACCGACGCGGGAAGUUUCUAGAUGCCGCAAGACCAAGGAAGCUUUAGACAAAGUAAUUCGUCGGUCGGCUCUUUAAAAAAGAACAACGGCAACAGAAAGUUUGAAACGAGAAGAGUUUUCUUCCGUGCACGUGUGGCUUCCGGCCUCGUCCCCCAGCCCGUUUCGUUGUUAUUUUCGCUCUAGGGUGGUUUGCUACCGCAGCCCUUCACCCGUGGAAAGACUUGGCGUCGCUGCGACGAGCGAAGUGUAAUUUAUUUGUCGGAGUUUCCGAGGCGUGUAGUGUACUUACAGGGAGGGGCGGUUGUGUGUUGCGCGCGCAUUUCCUCGAGUUGAGUUUUCUGAACUACGUUCUCGCCGCAACUUGGCAUGGAGUGAAUGCUACGGCCCCUUUGAGCCAAUCGGAGCAACGGAAGCGAAGCAGGUGACAGCCCUUACGAAGGGUACAGGGAUGGCAGCGUAACCCAAACAGUUGGAGAAGAGGGAAAGGAGGAACUCCCCUUUUACCCAAACCCCUCUUCGUGCGUCCAGGACGUCGCCUUUCUUUCGUAGAAAUUUCGAGCUCGUCGCUCAUAACUCCUACAAAAGCGGCUUCCCUCCCGCAGCUUCGGUGUGUAAAGUUGCAUCACUGUUUGACGCGCUGAUUGGCUCAAAACGAAUGUAGGGUUCGCUCUUUGCCAAGUUACGGUGAAACUAAGUAUAGCCACCUGCCCUGCCUCCUUUUGUUUGUUCGUUGCAAAGAGGGCAUCAGGAAGUUUUUGUGAAGAUGUGUUGAGAGGGAGUUUUGUUGUGAAAACCAAUGUGAUAAAACAAGGAGGGAGAGAGGGAGACCCCAUUGUUGACGAUUUAUGCGUUUCUCGUACGAAGAAGAGUCUAUUUCUUGUUGUGAAUAAAAAGAAAGUGUCCCUAUAUACACGGAAAGUUUUCGUUAUUCCUGUAUUAGUUUUUCGCUCUCUCUCUCUCUGUCUUUAUGAUGGCAAUGUUUUUUUUUCUUCUGAAAAUACGAGCUUCUUUAAAUUUUUUCCACCCACCCUGGUGAAACCAAAGACUCCCCUUGAACGCAUAGCUAGCAAUGUGUGCAACGGUUACGGGAAAAGAAAAAAAAAAAGUUGCAUUUGUGUGUUGAUUGACAAGCCGGGAUCCGGUUAGUGCGUGUGUGCAAAGGUGUUCCGCAACGUUCCUCCAUGCUCAUGCUCAAAAUGAAAUCUGCAAAAAAAGAAAAAAAAAGCAUGUUUUGUCCCCCCCCCCCCCCCCCCUCCAGCAUUCUUGAAUACUCUUGUUGCCGGGCAGCUGUUGUGGUCUUUGUUUCGUCCCGUUUUAUCGAAUUAGAAGACAUGCCACAUGGCUAACUCCUGUAGUAAAAGUCCAAACUGGAGCACAAUUAAAAAGAAAAAAGAAAAAUUUCACCUGUUACCAAAA